GAAAGAAUAUCUGUUCUAAAUAUAAUAAAAUUAUUUUAGAUGACUUUAUUGCAUACAAAUUCUAUUUGAGACAGGUAAUCUUAAAUAGAAAUUGUGAUAAUAAAUUGAAUUCCUUGACACGCAACCACGCAAGCUACAUGAACCUGACUCCCACUUCAAGGGUACGUGGCAGCGGUCGCGAGUCGCAACAAGUGCUAGGCGCACCGGCGUGGGACGUGCGCCGGGACGCGGCCGCUCGUCCGCCAGCGUCGCGAUUUCGCGCCAAUUCGCGCCCGCAGUGAUGGGAAGCACGCCUCACAGGCGGGACACGCUCGCCUCGAUCGCGGACGAUCGUGAUACGGAUCGCAUAACUGCUGAUGGUUUCCACUUGAAACUUGGAUUUAGACCAUUUCACUCCACCCAACUUUCAAGACGGCAAUGGUUACUUUGAGUUUAAAAUUUAAGGGAAUGGCAAAUAUGCCACUUCCUGAUUUAUUUCCAAAAAGUGUAAAACUUUUACUAUCGGGACGUUUAUCAAAUAAACGAAAUUGCCAUCCUCGCGUUGGACAUUGAUAGAAAGGAUGACGGAUACCACGGAAGAUUAUUUACCAGAGUCGUCGACGGUGCCGUCGGCACCUCACCGUACUCCUACUCCAGAACUUCACGCGACUUAUACGACUUUUGAGAUCUUAGUGGCGCUGGUGGCAGUUGUUGGAAAUGCUAUGGUGAUCUAUGUGUUCCAUCGUGAACGGAGACUUAGGCGCCGUACGAACUAUUACAUAGUGUCUCUAGCUGUGGCGGACUUGCUAGUAGGUCUCCUCGGGAUACCAUUUGCGAUCUUGGCCUCGGUAGGCCUGCCGAGAAACCUUCAUGCUUGUUUAUUCACAGUGUCAUUGUUAGUUAUGCUGUGUACUAUAAGUAUCUUCUGUUUGGUGGGUGUUUCUGUGGACCGCUACUGGGCAAUCUUACAUCCAAUGUGCUACUCGAGAAAUGUGCGCACUAGAACUGCCAUUGGUAUAAUAUCUGUGUGCUGGGUGUCUGGUGCGGGCGUAGGGCUCCUGCCUCUGUUCGGCUGGCAUGCGGGUCAGUCUACGCCUGGCUGCUACUUUGUCGAAGUCAUGGACUACAACUACCUCCUGUUCCUCUACUUUGCUACUAUUGUUACACCCAGCGUGCUUCUUGCUGCAUUUUACGCUCAUAUCUACCGCGUCGUUGUCAAACAGCUCAGCGAAGUAAUGACAGUCGAUGGCUGCCGAGGGCGCAACCCUGGUGGCGGAACAAUGCUGCGAGUGCUAGGAGCUGCUCAAAAACGAGAAGUCAAGGCUACGCAGAACCUUGCAAUAAUAGUGUUUUUCUUUAUUAUUUGUUGGAUACCACUGUACACUGUCAACGCUAUAAAAGCGUUUAUGCCUGAAUUGGACAUUCCAAACCCACUAACAUACGUCUGUAUCAUCGUCUCCCAUUUAAAUUCGGCUAUAAAUCCAUUUCUGUAUGCAUACCAUCUAAAGGACUUUAGAGCGGCUUUGAAGGGCCUCCUUUGUACCAUCGUAGGAAGAGGGGUAACCAUUCAGGCAACUUACAGACCACCAAUACCAGUCCGCAGGCCGGCGUUAGAAAGGUGUAACGCUCUUCGAGAAAGACCAAAAAUAUAUGUAAAUUCUCCAGUAUGGCUACGACAGAAAGAAGCAGAGUUGAGUACAACUGAGGAAAAUAGAGCAGUGUCUCCAGCAACACCAGUUGUUCCUGAUGUGGAGCCCUUCAUAAACAGAGUAGGCGAAGGUUCUAGUGGCUGCCACACUCCCGAGGGCAGAGACAGCGAAGCUGGACCAUAUCUUAUAGAAACUAACGACGAAAGGUGCCAAAGUCCAUACAGAAGGGUUGAGGAGUUGAUUCGGAGAGUGCGCAGCGCCAGUGCGGAUCACAGCUGACAAGAGCCUAGCCGGAGCUUUCCGGCUUACAGUGUCACAUAAUAAGGAUACAAAAAUGCAAACAUUCCUAAGAGUAGAACAACUGUAGAACGUAAAAUUACAAAAUCGCUUGUUGUCAUUUUGCAAAUUUUCUAGGCGUAGGUAAUAUUAAAAGUAAUCAUCAUUCAAAGUUGUGUAUUAUAAGAAUGCAUGUUUUAAUUUUAAGUAAAUGUGGUCGUAUGGUUGUUUAUUUAUACUUAGUUGAAAAUAUAUAUGUUGACAUAUGCAA